AUGGUACCAGCGAUCCAGAUGACCAUAUCGCCCAAUACAGACAAAGGAUGCUCGCGUAGCACUCCCGAAGGAGUCGCGCGAGAGUCGCGCGAAGCUACUAUGUGCAACGGAUUCGGCUCAACCCUGAUUGGACCCACCUUGCAAUGGUACAUCAACCUACCUUCCAGGUCCAUAUCCUCCUUUGCGAUCCUUAGCGACAAAUUCCUGGAGCAGUUCGCUAGCAGUAGAAACCUGGAGAAAACUUCAGAUGGCAUGUAUGACAUCCUCCAGCAUCGGGCUGAACCCUUGCGAGGCUAUAUAGCCCGCUUCAAUCAAGAGAAGGUGGCCAUUCCUGAAUGUAAUGUCCCUACUGCAAUCUAUGCCUUCAAGAGAGGCUUGUUCCCUGAUGGGGACCUCUACAAGGAGCUAACCAAAUACCAGUGCAAGACCAUGGAAGAUGUGCUAUCCCAAGCCUGGGCACAUGUAAAAUGGGAUGAAGACGUCGCAAUUCGUGCUAAGGCACAGCAAAAGCAAGACCCCAAGAUGGUCAGGCCGGACCGAAACGAGCAAGACGAGAGACCCUCUCCAAGACCAAUAAAGGAUUCCAGAAACAGAAACCGGGGCAGAUACCAGAACCGACCGAUCGAGAAGGCAGAAGGGAUGGCAGUGUCCACGUGGCCGGACAUCUCUCACCUCUCUAUCUCACAGCCGAAACUGGUCAAUGUUCUGAGGCAGAUGGGCCAACAGGUCAAGUGGCGUCAGAAGAUGAAAACACCCGAUUCUUUUCAGAAUCCUGGUCUUUGUUGCGAUUUCCACCACGACCACGGUCACAAAACGGAGGAUUGCGUCACACUAAUGAUCUAG